CUUUCCCUCUCUAUCUUCCUGCUCUCUCUCUCUCAACCUUCUCUGCAAUUCGGUCGGAACCCUAAGGUUUUGGUCGAUCUUUGAGACUCAGAUCUCGAAAUAUCCACCCGAUCCGCGCCCAAAAUGCCGGCGGUGUACGGUGCCCGAUUGACCACAUUUGAGGACUCCGAGAAGGAGAGCGAGUAUGGCUACGUCCGCAAGGUCUCUGGACCAGUCGUGGUUGCCGAUGGCAUGGCUGGAGCUGCUAUGUAUGAACUAGUUCGUGUUGGACAUGAUAAUUUGAUCGGUGAAAUUAUUCGGUUAGAAGGAGAUUCUGCCACAAUACAAGUUUAUGAGGAAACAGCUGGGUUGAUGGUGAACGAUCCGGUUCUACGUACUCGCAAGCCUUUAUCAGUGGAGUUGGGACCUGGGAUAUUGGGAAAUAUUUUUGAUGGAAUCCAGAGGCCCUUGAAAACUAUUGCUAAGAUAUCUGGUGAUGUCUAUAUCCCACGUGGUGUAUCUGUCCCAGCUCUUGACAAAGAUAUACUUUGGGAGUUUCAGCCAAAAAAAAUAGGUGAAGGUGAUCAUCUUACCGGUGGAGACUUGUAUGCUACUGUCUUCGAAAAUAGUCUGAUGGAGCACCGAGUUGCACUUCCUCCUGAUGCUAUGGGAAAAGUUACUUAUGUCGCACCACCUGGUCAAUAUUCAUUGAAGGAUACUGUAUUAGAGCUUGAGUUUCAAGGACAAAAAAAGAAAUUUACUAUGCUUCAGACUUGGCCUGUACGUACACCUAGGCCUGUUGCAUCAAAGCUUGCUGCUGAUACCCCUCUACUCACUGGGCAGCGCGUUCUUGAUGCCCUUUUUCCCUCUGUUCUUGGUGGGACUUGUGCCAUUCCUGGGGCUUUUGGUUGUGGAAAAACAGUUAUUAGUCAAGCUCUUUCAAAGUACUCGAACUCAGACACUGUGGUUUAUGUUGGUUGUGGAGAACGUGGAAAUGAAAUGGCAGAGGUGCUUAUGGAUUUCCCUCAACUGACAAUGACUUUGCCCGAUGGUCGUGAAGAAUCUGUCAUGAAGCGCACAACACUUGUGGCCAACACUUCUAACAUGCCUGUGGCUGCUCGUGAAGCUUCAAUCUACACUGGAAUCACUAUUGCUGAAUACUUCAGAGAUAUGGGCUACAAUGUCAGCAUGAUGGCAGAUUCAACAUCUCGAUGGGCCGAGGCAUUGCGUGAGAUUUCUGGGCGGCUGGCUGAAAUGCCUGCAGAUAGUGGAUACCCUGCUUAUUUGGCAGCACGUUUAGCAUCAUUUUACGAACGGGCGGGUAAAGUAAAAUGUCUUGGUGGGCCAGAGCGUAAUGGCAGUGUGACAAUUGUUGGUGCUGUUUCUCCUCCAGGAGGAGAUUUCUCAGACCCUGUGACAUCUGCAACACUUAGCAUUGUUCAGGUUUUCUGGGGUCUGGAUAAAAAACUUGCUCAGAGGAAGCAUUUCCCCUCUGUGAACUGGCUUAUUUCCUACUCAAAGUACUCAACAGCAUUAGAGUCUUUCUAUGAUCAAUUUGAUCCUGAUUUUAUCAACAUCAGGACAAAGGCACGUGAGGUUUUGCAGCGAGAAGAUGAUCUCAAUGAAAUUGUCCAACUUGUUGGAAAGGAUGCUUUGGCUGAAGGAGAUAAGAUCACCUUAGAGACUGCAAAGCUCUUGAGGGAGGAUUAUCUUGCACAGAACGCAUUUACUCCAUAUGACAAGUUCUGCCCAUUCUACAAGUCCGUCUGGAUGAUGCGGAAUAUCAUCCAUUACUUUAAUCUGGCCAAUCAGGCUGUAGAGAGAGCUGCUGGCAUGGAUGGUCAAAAGAUAAGUUACAGCCUAAUCAAGCACCGUUUGGGAGAUCUCUUUUACCGCCUAGUGUCUCAAAAGUUUGAGGAUCCGGCUGAGGGGGAAGAAGCUCUUGUGGCAAAAUUUAAGAAGCUACACGAGGACCUCACAAGUGGUUUCCGUGCUCUUGAGGAUGAAACCCGGUGAUUGAACAUCUCAAAACAAAGAGUUUAAGGUUAUUCGAGUGGCUAUUAUAAAUCGAAAGGUCCGUGGAUUUGUUUUUGUUGUGCACGAAGAACGACAGUGUUAGGGUUUUUUAUGCCACUCUGGCCUUGCUCAUGUGGCACUUGCUCUAGUUGGAAUGUGUAGCUAUAGUUUCAGUGAUUAUAAUCCUGUCAUAUCCUUGGGGUUUUUACCCAGAAUAAGAGACUAAAUGCCAUUCCUUAUUUGUGUAGUUAAACAAUAAGGUAUUUGUAUCAUUUCGAGUUUUCGUUUC